AUGUCCGCCACCAUGGAGGAGCAGCUAGUGCGUCUGCUUACUGAGACCACCUCCGCCCAGGAAGGAACCCGGAAGAGUGCCGAGUCGCAGCUCAAGGAGCAGUAUGGCAAUCCAGACUUCCCUAUCGGCCUGGUCAGUGUUGGUGCGCACAACGACGUCGCGCUUGAUGUCCGCCAGGCUGCGUUGCUGUACUUGAAGACAUUUGUACUCGCCACUUGGUCACCACAAUUUGACGAGUUCCAAGGACAGCUAUACGCCGAUGAUGGAAAGAAAACACAGAUCAGACAGCGCCUUCUCGAGCUGGCUGUGAGUGGCCGCGAUGAGCGGAAGAUCAAGAGUGCCGCCAGUCUGGUCGUCAGCAAGAUAGCGACGGCAGACUUUCCGGACGAGUGGCCAGAUCUGCUCCCAACAGUGCUCAACGUUGUGGCUACCGGGGAGGACUCGCAACUACAUGGGGCUCUGAAAGUCCUUAGCGAGCUCGUCGACGACUGCUUUACCGAAGAGCAGUUCUUCAAAGUUGCGCGAGAUUUGGUGAAGGCCGUCUACGAUGCGGCUAUCAACGAGAACAGGCGGCCGACGAUCCGCGCCCUGGCUGUUGCCGUUUUGCGGUCCUGCUUCGACACUUUGGAAAUGCUCAUGGAAGACCACAAAGCCGCGGUCAAGGCUUUUACUGAGGAGGCUCUUGGAGGUUGGGUGCCGUUCUUUCUUGAGAUCCUUCAGAAGCCACUUCCAGCAGAUCCAGCGACUCAUCAGUCUAGCGGCGACAGCAAUUCCUCCGAGUCCUACAGGGGCUUUGUGGCACUCAAGCUCCAGGUCGUGAAGGCACUGAUGCGUGUCCGCAACAUCUUCCCGCAGACAUUAUCACCACAUAGCCCAGCUCUUUUCUCGGCGACAUGGCAAGAAUUGCUUACUCUUCAAUCGCAAUACCACACUUCUUACAUCGAGCAAGACUUGCAGGGACGGCUCGAAGAUGCUGAUGGUCUACCCUACACUUUGGACUUCCUCGUGCUGGAAGAGCUUGACUUUAUGCAAGCCUGCCUUCGUGCUCCACCAGUUCGCAAGGAGUUGGAGCAGCAGUUACAGCAGUCACAGAGCAUAGCAGGCUCCUGGAUCACUGAGGUCAUGAAGAUUGCAGUAGCUUAUGCACAGAUCACAAACGAGGAAGAAGGGCUGUGGGACAUUGAUAUCAACGUCUUCCUGUCCGAGGAGGUCAAUGUAACCGCCAACUACACUCCACGAUCUGCUUGUGGUGAUCUCGUCAUCAAACUCGGAGAGUGGCUAAACAAUGUAACCGUCGAAGGACUACUUGCCUAUACUCGCACCUUGUACGCUGAGAACGCAGGCUGGAAGGCUAAAGAGGCUGCGCUGUACCUGCUAAACCAGCUUCUUGGCGAUUUUCAAGAUGUGGAGAGGCAGAUCGGAUCAGAGUCAGCCAACGGAUAUGUGGACUUCAUCAAACAUGCCAUCCUGGAAGAGCCUGUCUUUCUUCGCGCAAGAGGAUAUCUUGUUGCCGGUAGCUUGACACGAACGUCAGGCGAUGCGCUGCAGCAAGUGGCGACCUCAUUCAUGGAGGCGUCCUUGCAAGCGAUCUCCAACGAUCAGUCUGAGAUUGUCAAGGUGUCGUGCAUUCGCGCUAUUCAGUACUACCUCGCAGCUCUGCCUUCCAGCAUCACUCUCCCAAGACAGCCGGGCAUCGUCGCAGCACUGUCCGGAUUCCUCAACUCCCAGGACCUCAGCGAUCUUACCGACAGCGACGAUCUGCUUAUAACACUCAUCGAGACGCUCCGGGAUGUUAUCCUAUUGGACCCGACAACGUGCUUGACGGGCGGCGGUAUCGACCUUUUGUUCACAGUAGCAAGUCAAGGCGCGGCCAACUUUCAAAUCGCUAUGCUGGUGACGGAGACUUUCGAGGAGAUCGCAAGUCAAAUAUCCGAGAGAGGCAGCGACGCAUAUGUUCAGCUCGCUACGAAGGUGCUUCCGUCCCUUAUCGGCGCAUUCGACAUGGCUACACUCACGGAGGAGAGUGAUCUCGCAAAUCUGGCUGCCGAAAUGCUAUCAGUGCUUGCGGAGAACGGCUCAAAACCACUUCCCCAAGGCUUCGUCAACACGGUAAUGCCUCGGUUGAACAGGCUGUUGAUGGGAUCGGAUGACGACGAACUAUUGAAGAGCGCGACCUGUGCCGUGAAGCACAUGCUACAUCACGAUCCGGAACAGGUAUUCAGCUUCCAAAACCAAGAAGGCAAGGGAGGCCUCGAAGUUGUGCUCAUCAUCGUUGAUCGACUAUUGAGUUCAGCGGUCGAUGACCACGGUGCCGCCGAGGUUGGAGGACUUGCAGCAGAGUUGGUAGAGAAGGCUGGCUCGGCAAGGCUCGGGCCAUAUCUUGUGCAGCUACUCCGAGCUGUAGCGACUCGCCUGGCUACCGCUACACAAGCACACUUUAUUCAAAGUCUGAUUUUGGUGUUUGCGCGCCUGUCGCUGAUUUCCGCCGACGAAGUGGUUGGCUUCUUGGCAGAUGUGCAAGUUGGAGAUCAGAGCGGCCUCCAGAUUGUCAUAUCGAAGUGGUUGGAGAACUCCAUCAACUUCGCGGGCUACGAUGACAUCCGCCAAAAUAUCGUGGCUCUCUCCAAACUAUACGAGCUACAUGAUCCCAGGAUCGCUCAGAUCCAGGUCAAAGGGGACAUGAUCAUUCCAAAGUCGGAUCGCAUCAUGACUCGCUCUCGUGCGAGACAACAACCGGACCAAUACACUGUGGUCUCGGCGCAGCUCAAGAUCGUGAAGGUGCUCGUGGAGGAACUGCUUUCAGCGUCUGGAGCCGCACGCAGCAUCGAUGCAGCAGCCGCGGCAGAGCUGGAUGAUGACGAGGAAGAGGGUGGCGAUUGGGAAGACGACUCAAAUGACUUCCUUGACCUCGGCACUGGCAUGAGCAAGUCUCAGCUCAUGGCGUACGGAGCUGAGGAUAGUGCGGCGUACUCUCGCAGCAGAGAUGACGAGACGCAGGCAUAUCUGCUGGACUUCUUCAGACAGCAAGCGCAGAAGCCAGAGUUUGCAGGGAUCUUUGGUGCCUUGAAACCAGAAGAGCAGGAGAAGUUGCGGAACAUGGAAAGCUCGUAG